AUGAUGCGCGGGCUACCGCUGGACAACCACGUCCCCGGGCGUAUGCGCUCCUCCCCAUUAUCUCGUCCGCUUGUGCCCGUGCUACUUCUAAGCUUCUGCGCAGUCUAUUUCUUCAACGGCGGGAUUCAGACCACCGUUUCAAGUUACUUCAAUGCCGCUGGUCAACGGGACUUUCAGCUCCCUAUACACUGUCCCAUACAGCCCGCUGCGCUCCAGCCGCCUAUAGCGUUUCCGCUCACGGACCCCACUUCGAGCUCGAGCCGCAUGACGACGAAAACGGAUUUUAUCGAGCGGCUGCGCGGGGGCGGUCCGCAUCCCCACCGAGACUUCUAUUCAUUCGAGGACUACCUGAGGGCAACUUACCCGGACGUAUUCUCGGCUCUGAAGGUGGAGAACUUCGCCACGCAUGCGUUGCUGUUCACAUGGCAGGGGAGCGAUCCGGCGCUCAAGCCGCUUGUGCUUAUGGCGCACCAAGACACCGUUCCUGUCCCUCUUGACACAACUUCGCGCUGGACCCACCCACCAUUCGACGCGCAUAUCGAUGAUGACGGUUGGAUAUGGGGGCGGGGCGUUGGCGACUGCAAAAAUCUUCUAAUCGCGGAGCUCUCUGCAAUCUCGGAGCUGCUAAAGGCUGGAUUCGAGCCAACGCGCAGCGUUCAUAUCGCUUUUGGGUUCGACGAAGAGGGCGGCGGGGUUCGGAGCGCUGCGUACAUUUCACAGCGCUUCUUAUCGCUCUAUGGCCCUGAUGGGCUGUUCAUGGUCGUGGACGAAGGAGGCCUCAUUCAACCGCCUUCAUCGAGUUCGAGCCCGCUAUUUGUAACACCUUCCCUCGCUGAAAAGGGCUCUGUCAAUGUGCAGCUCUCCGUCGGCGUUCCCGGAGGGCACUCAUCCAUCCCGCCCGCCCACACGGCAAUUGGAAUCCUUUCUGCCCUGGUCACGAGCCUGGAGGCGAGCCCGCCAGACGUAGUGCUGAGUAAAGCAAAUCCGUUCGCAGCGUACUUAAUGUGUCGGGCGGAGCAUGACCCCACCAGCCUCCACCCGACGCUGUUAAGGCUGCUUUCGCACGAACGCACAUGGCCCGCGGCAGCACGAUGGCUUUCUACCCACGAUCUCGCGGAUGCAGCUCGCCUAUCCACUACACAAGCAGUUGACAUCGUUGCAGGCGGCAUCAAAGUCAAUGCCUUACCCGAAGAAGCGCAUGUCGUUGUGAAUCAUCGUGUUUCCGUCGAAGACUCAAUCACUGGUCUUGAGGCUCGAUACCUGACCCUGCUGACACCCGUCGCGGCCAAGUUCGGGCUGACGGUCGUCGGUUUUGGGGAGAAGAUUCCGUCGGACACACCCCGGUAUCUGCAGCUCUCGCACCCUGGAUUUGGUGCAGAGGCAUCCCCAGUCACCCCAGAUGAGGGUGAUGCCUGGAAUGUUUUCGCUGCCACGGCUAAAUCGCUCUACCCCACCGCGAUUGUGUCGCCGUUCCUUUCGACGGGCGGCACGGACACGCGGGCGUACCUCCCGCCGACGCUGAAUUCGAGUCUGACGCGGGCCAUUUAUCGCUUCCAGGCGGUGCGCGAGGACCAGCGCGCGAACACGCACACUAUCGAUGAGAGGAUUCACGCUGACGCGCAUAUCAGCGCGAUCGAGUUCGUGUGGGCGCUGGUCCAGAAUGUAGAUGCCUGGCGAUAG